AUGAUUUCUGAUAAUACUUAUCGUAUUCAACGUCUUAUAAUUUACUGUUUCGUUUUAUUUUUCCAAGUUUUUGGAUUAUUUGGAAACAUCAAUUUGAUAGUUCUUACAAUAAGAAAAAAGUCAUUGCAGUCUAAAUAUGGUUACAUAUUGGGAGUUCUUGCAUCAAUCCAUUCAUUUUGCCUGCUCUAUGAAUCCAUUAACAUGACUUUUGCAACAUUUUACCAUUAUCAAAUUCGUCGUGAGUUGUGUUUUUAUACAAUGUUUCCCUAUGUUUUUGCACAUUGUUUACAAACUGGAACUGUUUGGGUACUAUCAUUAGAUUUAUUAAUUACUAUUUUAUUUCCAAUUAAAAGCCGUAGAUUUUAUACACCAACUUAUUUGUCUAUUUUAUUUUUUCUUCCGGUUAUUUAUGGUGUUAUUUCCGUUAUAUUUGGAUUUAUAUUUUUGGAUAAUGCAGUUCUUUCAAUGUGCAAUCCACCCUCAUCCCUUCAUACAUAUGCAAAUGCUAUUUGGUAUUGUAUUAUGAUGAUCUUCACAAUUUUGACAGUUUUAUUCUAUUCUGUAGCAUUUGUAGUUCUACAUUAUAAGCAAGUACAUAAAAAUGCAAAUGUACAAUUCCUUGAAAGAAUGUGUAUGAGAACACUUAAAUAUCUUAUUGUACUUUUCGUGGUUUUUCGGUUCAUUACAAGUAUUAUUCUUAAUCUACUGCAUAUCAUACACGUCAACAGAGAAGUUGUUUCUUUCGUGGAAAACUUUAAUGCGAUUCCCGCAAUGGCUUCAUUUUCACAAAAUGCCUGCAUUUGCUAUUUUCGAAGUUCAGAAUAUCGAGUGUUGCUCCGCGAGCAAAUUUCAAAAAUAUCUCCGCGAAUCUGUCGAUUGUUGCCAAAAUCAUCAGGAGAAGUUAGCUAUCUUGGGAAUGCAAUUGGCCUGAAACCAAUAAGUGCACUGAGCAAAACUAUGACUGUUGGAAUUUCCAAGCGAAUAAAUUAA